CAGCUGAAGGGGAAGUUCCCCUGACACUGCAUAUAAAUGCUCAAAAUGCUUCUUUUAAACCUUUCAUUGAGAGGAAGAGCAUGACAGGAUCACAGCAGUCAACACGGCAGGACAUCAGGAUCAGCAGGACAAUAAAAGCACAACAAGAAACCUGCACAUAGUCGUCCAGAGAUGACCAUGAACACCAUGACCUCACUUCUUUACACUACAGUCAUUUUGUGUGUUGCUGCCUGUGCUGGCUCCUUUCCUGCACCCUCUCGCAUCUUCAUGUCUGCCAGAGUGAGUUCCUCAGCUGUUCUACCAUGUGACUGUAGAAACGUGUCCACCCAAAGUCCUCAUGUUGAGUGGAAAACCAUCUCUGAGACGGUGUUUGAGCGAAGGGGUGGAGAUCUGUAUCAGGGUGAGGGGUAUGAAGACCGUGUGGACGUUCCUGAAGAUCACCUGCUGAAGGGGGACUGUUCACUGGAGUUGAAGAACAUCAGACCUGAUGAUGCAGGAGUUUAUGAAAGCUACCUGCUGGUGAGACGAAACAAGAGAUCCCUCCGUUCUCAAAGAGUCUUCCUCCAGAGCGUGGAGCUCUCAGUAGAUGAAACACCUGAGGAAGACUUCAGUGACAGGGUAGCUGUAGCAGAUGAGGCUGGAAUGACCAGUCAUUACCCACAGAUCAUAGCGCUUUCCCUCCUUUCAAGCUCACUUUUCCAUCUCUUCUGAGAGGAAACACAGCAGUACAACAUGAGCCGGCGUUCCUCAAUAACGGAGAACUGAAGAUCAUUUAAGGAUCGAGUUCCGUUAUUUUCAGUUAUUCUGUUUUCUGUCGUCUGUAAAUGUUUCCAUCGUUUGAUAAUCUGAGACGUACGUCCCACAGGGACUUGUCCGCUCUGCUUCUGUUGUUUAUCGUGUUCUGCGUGUCGAGGGGGGCGUCCUGUUUUUCAGUGUUUUCAGAUGAAAAUGUUCAGGGACUGAAAUAUCAGUGCAUCAUUAUGUAUAUGAUUCUCUGAGGGAGCAGAAGAUUCAGAGACAGCUUUGCACUGUUAACCAAAAUCAGUACUACUGAGUGUUAAAGUGAAGCAGGAGACAGUAAAGAGCACCUUUACUGAGAGUAAAACAUUGUUUACAGUUUACUGCAUGAACUGUAUAUGAAACAUGGCUUUGUGACUGUGAAGCCACACUAAUGCACAUCUAAAAGAUGUUAAGCUGUGCUGGGCUGAUGGUUCGAGAUGCCCUUUUGCCUGAUGAAUGUCAAAUAAAUCCAGCAUUUUCUCAUUUUUUUUUAUUGAAUAUUUAUCUAAACUCAGGAUGGACAAGUGUGUGUCCAGUGUCUCAUUCACAGACCAAUCUAAGAGUAGAAGAGCUGACCUUAUAUUAGCUAUUGUGACCAUUACAGUCAUGAAAACAGUAUGAAUCUGAUCUAAGUCUUGUUCACAUUAGUAGUGUUUUUUGUUGUCUUUUAUGAAAGCCAGCACUGUUUUUACUCCUACCUUUUAAGUGACCACACCUGUGGUCACUUAAAACAUCUUAAAUCAAUGUUGUUUUUCAGUUUGUCUGUUCUUUUGUUUAAAUUAUCUGUGUGAAAUCUUUACAGGAACAAGUAAAAAGAAUGAAGAAAUGUAAAUUCAGUUUAACAGGUUAUAAAUGUUACUGCAAAUUUACAGCUUUAAAUAUAAAGAUAAAUCCUUUAACCAUGUUUUAUGUAAAUGACCAUGAAAGACGCACUGUUAUUGGAUCAGGGAUCCUUUUAGAUGUGAUGCUCAUCACUGAUAUUAAUGUUCUGAACGUGACUGUGAUAUUGAUGUUUGUCAGUUGGCAACUCUGAUUCUGUGAAAUGUGUUUGUU